AUGUUGUCAAACAUUGACGAGGCGGAUAAUUUGGCGCGAAUGGAGCGGGGAGAACUGUAUUACGCUUUCUCCCCUAAACUGGUUGCUGCACGUAAAAGAUGCGGGGAUAUUGUCAGACGACUGAACCGUGCUGACGAGCUAACCAGGCGAGAACUGGCUGAAUAUUGGAAAGACAUCACCAAUGAUUCUCGGCCCCUACCCCCUGCAGGUGCCACAGAUGAAGAGGAAGAUAAAAUUCUUCAUGAAUAUCCAUGGAUUGAGCGACCUAUCAACAUAGAUUAUGGAACGAACAUCCGGGUUGGAAGUAAUGUAUUCAUCAACUUCAACUGUACCUUUCUCGAUACAUGCAUUGUGUCAAUUGGCUCUCGCACUCUUGUUGGUCCCAACGUGUGUUUCUUUAGUGGUACCCAUCCUUUAGACCCUCAUCUUCGCAAUGGUACCAAUGGGCCGGAAAUGGGCCGUCCAAUUAUUGUUGGUGAGGAUUGCUGGAUUGCGGGAAAUGUUAUCCUGUUACCUGGAGUCACGAUUGGCGAUGGAUGCACGAUCGGCGCGGGAAGCGUUGUCACGAAGGAUGUACCAGCAUACCAUAUUGCUGCAGGAAAUCCGGCCAAGAUUCUGCGCAAGAUCGAGCCUAGUAAGGGGUUCCAAAACUCA